UCUUCUUCACCACAUUUGACAACAACAGUCGUCGCACGCUGAUGACGUAGCAGGAACGUUCCCGUCGCAGCAGCACACACGUGAGGAUAUAAACACCAGCGACCAGCUCCUAAAACACGGUAACAUGGGGAAGAAUAAACAAAAGGGGAAGAAACAGAAGAACGUCUUCCAUGUGGCGAACAAGCACUUGAAGAACAAGAACAAAGCCAAACCGGUGACGACGACGCUCAAACACAUCAACGCGGUGAAGAAUGACAAAGUGGAGAACCUCAAUCAAGUCUUCACAGAAGUCCAGAUGGAUGUUCGGAGUAUUUCCAAGUCCGUCGCUCCCGAAACAAAGAAGCAAGCGAAGGUCAGGGAGCCACCAAAGGAAUCUGUCAACGUGGACGGUGCCGCUCAACUCUUCUCUCAGCUGUGAUGGAGCUUGAAUCGCUCAUCAACUCGGGGACAAGCCGACUGCACGAGUCUCUGUGUGGGACACGAAACAACAAAGUCAGCGUAUACGUCCAAUGCAUUUUUACAUUUUACGUCAAAGACUGCAGAUGAGCUCAAAAUUAGGAGUUCAUGCUCAUUGCGUAUUAAGAAAAACGUGUGUGUAAUUUAAGCAUUCUGUGUAAGAAAUGUAAUUAAUUGACUGAGUUGUGCUCACGGUCGAUUGUCAAGUUUUAGUAACAAAGGAGGUUUCUUUUUGUUACUAAUGCGUAUUAUUUUAUUUUAAAUUUUGACAAGUUUGCUUUCAUUGGGCUGCAACUAAUGACUAUUUUCCUUUUUGAUUAAUCUGCCGAUUAUGUCCUUGAUAAAUCGAUGACUUGUUUUGAAAUGUUAUAUUUGCCAUGAUAAAAAAAAACAAUAAUUUGUUAACUAUUGUAUAAAAUAAAAGACCCGUCGCAAUCUUCACACUUAAGCAGAUGGAAUCAGAUAAUUUACUUUUUAUUGCUAGGAGAAUGAUAAUUUCAGCCAAUUAAGUACAAAAUACUUGCUAAUUCAUUUCCUAUUUAUUGAAUUGUUUCAUCUCUUUUCUUAACAGUUGACAUGAGUGCUCAGUGGUUUCUUCCUCUUCAGUGUGGAUGCAAUUUAAGACAAACAUUUUCAAGAGAAUGAUACAGCAAUAAGCACUUUAUUAUAUCAUCUUUGUGUUUUUUUAAGCCCGUUUUUUUCCAAAGCAGUUCAAGCUUCACACCUUUAUUUUCAUGCUUUUCAUACUCUGAAUUUCAUGUAAAUGAAGUCACAAAGGACAUCAUUGCUGCUGCUGUUUGUAGAGAUGAAAGUGUUUGUUUCAAAGCGUUUCCCCUCAUUAAAACUUGAUGUAGGUGUCUACAAAACCAGAAUAAACUGAGAAAUUCACAGAA